CACAGUGAUAAAGUUCAACAAAGGUAUAUCUCUCAGAACUGCACUCCAGCUACCACAGUUGACACUUCAAACCUGGAUUAUAAGGAAAAGGGGAGGCAUCCUCGGCCUGCAACAUCUGUUCAAGCAGCCAGCAGAUUUCCCUGAGUAAGCAGCACAUUAACCAGAAUACAGUAGGAGGACCUUUCAGACCUCUAGGGGACUAAAGAAGAGAGGGACAGACAGAAACCCCCACCGGGUUAACCACUAUAGAAGAAGAUCAAGCCAAGGAUCCCUAUGUCGCACUACAACAACACUGGAGUAUAUAACAACCCCGCCUAUCAUGACAGUGACACCCUGGAGAUAGAUAGGAGUCCUUCCAGGAAAUCCCAAUCCCAUCAUAGUAACCCACAUGGUAACCCCUACCCCAGGGAUGAUGGAGCCGGGGGGCAGAGGGGCAGGUCCGACCUCCAGCAGCUCCCAGGAGGGGUCCAGUCCAGCUACAACGAUGCCCAGGAGAGAGUGCCCUGGGGCGGGUGGCAGGAGGGGAGCUGGAGGGGCAGAGACAGCAUUCCCAUGGGUCUCCUUCCUCCCCGGUCGGAGAGCCCACGAUGGCAGCAGCAUGACCUCAAUCACAGCGGGUACCAGAUCGACCAGGCAACGCAUUAUGACACAACGCCUCCUGUACGACUUCCAUCUGCAACUUCAGGUCAUGUUUCGAUGAGGUUCAGGGGGUCGAGGAAGAUGAGUCUAUUCCCUGUAGGAGAGGCUGCUCUGGGCAAUCUGGGCCUUUCUGAGGACGACAUCAGGAAUGAGAUGGAAAAUGAGGAACAGAACUUGGUCAAAGAGCUGGUUGCCAUGUCAACGAGGGACAGAAUCAAGGCCAUCCGAGACCUCCCUAUGAGCUUUGAUGACAAGAAACACAUCAGGGGCCAAGUGUUGGCGUUGAAAUCAUUAAAAAAAUCCCGGCAACUGAACUGCUUUUCAGACUGCUCGACGACUAUCUCACUGGCAUUCCGCAGGUGCGGUGCUAACAUGACUUUAGCCAAGCAGACCCUGGAACUGUGGCGGGGUACCAUGAAGGAGGUCGGGGGUAAAUUUGGCACGGGGGUCCUCUCCUACUUCAAGUUCCUAAAAUGGCUGCUGAUGUUCAACAUCUUCUCCUUCCUGGUCAACUUUGGUUUCAUCACCAUCCCCCAGCUCAUCUAUCACCCCACGCCAGACAUCCCCGCUGGGGUCAGCUUCAAAGGGCUAGAGAUACUGACCGGAGCGGGUUAUUUCAGCCACACAGUGAUGUAUUAUGGCGGCUACAGUAAUAAAACACAAGGGACAGGGGGCCGGUCUGAGUACAACAUGCAGCUGGCCUACUUCUUCACCGUAGCAGCCUACAUGGUGUUGUGUGGAGCCGCCCUCAUCUACAGCAUGGCCAGCUCGUUCAGGAAGAAGUAUGUCCUUGCAGACUCAGGCUUGGGUGGAGCCUGGCAGCUCCUGUGUAGCUGGGACUUCAGUGUGACUAACGAGAAAGCCGUACGACAGCGCAAGAACAAUCUGCGCAUCCAACUCAAGGAGUCCUUAUCAGAAAAGGUCCAGGUGGCCCUGCUACCUCUGACAGAGAGGCUGAAGCACUAUGGGGUCUUCCUGGGUACCUGGCUCCUCUCCACGGGCAUGGCCUUGGGGUGUGGCACCAGUGUCUACUUCCUGUGUCAAUAUGACACAUGGCGGACGAGGCAGUCACCGGACAAAGCUUCCGGCUCUCUCCUGGAGGAGGCCGCUACUCUCCUCCUCCCCUUUGUGGUGUCCCUGAUCAAUCUGGUCGUCCCUCUCUUCUACUCUCUGUUCAAAAAGAUAGAGCACUACUCCAACCCUCGCAUGCAGGUCUAUGCCAUCAUAGUCAGAAAUGUCAUUCUCAAGAUGUCCAUUCUGGGUAUUCUCUGCUCCUACUGGAUGAAGGAUGUGGCCAAUACAUUUUCAUGCUGGGAAUCCAUCGUAGGACAAGCCUUGUACAGACUGGUUAUUAUGGACUUCCUCUUCAUAAUGUUAGGAUCCUUCUUUGGAGAGUUCUUGAGCAAUGUCAUUGGGACUAAAUGCAUACAGAGCCUGGGAGUUCCAGAGUUUGACGUUGCCAGGAAUGUCCUUGACCUGAUCUAUGCACAGACCCUGGCAUGGAUCGGAAUCUACUUCUCUCCCCUCCUCCCAGUGAUACAGAUAAUCAAGUUCUUCAUCCUCUUCUACCUAAAGAAGGUCAGCCUGACCCAGAACUGCCAGCCCCCCAGGCGAGCCGGCAGGGCGGCUCAGAUGCAAACCAUCUUCAUCGCUAUCCUCUUCUUCCCUUCCUUCUUGGGGGCUCUGUCCAUGGUGGCCUACACCGUGUGGACUCUGCCCCCCUCAGACAAGUGUGGGCCCUUCAGGGGCCUCAACACCACCUUCAGUGCAAUACAGAUCUGGAUGGACGAUUUGAACAGGGUGGAUGCGUUUCAGUGGACUGUCUGGAUCUACCAGCACGUCAUCAGGAGUGAGAUAUUCUACUUCCUGGUCUCUCUCAUCAUCCUUGUCUUCAUUUACAUCUUCAGGCAGAUCACUCAGGGACGCCAGCUGCUUAUCACUCUACUGAGACAGCAGAUUGUUAAUGAAGGGAAGGACAAGGCGUUCUUGUUGGAGAAGCUACAGACCCUUCAGAAAUCCAAGCAGAACAAACAGAAAAAUAAAAAACAGGUCAGGAAAAGACAGGAAAAUGAAUCCUCCUCUGGCAUGCUCCAGGCUCUGAUUGCCCGACAGCGGUUGGAGCAAGAGAAUGGUGACAGCAGCAGCUCUUUCGGUGUGCCUAUGCCUUCCGGCCACUCAGUCUCUACGACAUCAAGUGCUAUGAUGCAGGCCAUGCUAGCCAGGCAAUAUGCAGAGGACCAGGAUGUAGCCAGUUAUCGCGGGGUGCCAUUUCCUGCAGACCAAACACCUGCGCCCUCCAGUGCACUGAUACAGGCCAUGCAAGCCAGGCAAAGGGCGGAGUCACAGAAUGAGGACGAGUUUUACCGGGCGCCAGUUCAGUCACAGAACCCAGUAAACGCGUUACCCAGUGCGAUGAUACAGGUGAUGCAAGCCAGGCAGAGGGCGGAGACAGAGCAGGAAGAGGACCAGUUUUACCGGGUGCCAGUUCAUUCAGAACACCCAGUGUCAUCAACGUCCAGUGCGAUGAUGCAGGUCAUGCAGGCCAGGCAGAGAGCAGAGGAGGAGGAGAGCGAGUUUUACCGGGCGCCUGCUUCUUCACAGCACCCAGAUGCGCCAGGCACCGGUAGUGCUCUGAUACAGGCCAUGCUAGCCCGGCAACAGGUAGAGGAGGAGUACGGUGACAGAUACUGAGCAUGACCGAGAACUGAACCACUUGGGGGGGGGAAGAUGGCGGACACAAUUGAAAUGUGACCUGCCGUAGAAAGCAGAGAAAUAUCAGAAGAUUCUGACUGGCAUCAAGAGAGGGCAGGACCACCUCUAUGUAGACUGUUUCUAUUGGACCAUAAAAGAGUGUAGCCAAUGGGGUGUGAAAAGAUAUAUCUGAUAUAUGUAUUCCCUUUUGAUAAAAGAACACAUUGUUUAUGUACAAAAAAUAUUUUAAUAAUUAAUAAUAUUUGAUAUAUUUGUGUACUGUAUGUAUACAUGAUAUGUGCUUAGCCUGUAAAAUACUGUCAAUGAAUGUUGUAUAAAUGUAGGAAUAUUCUGAUCCGUACUAAAUUGUAAAUACGAUAAAAUUGUAUGGUACUGUAUGUUGUUUUCUCCAUGAACAGCACUGUCCUCUAGUGGUAGGGAUUGCACCUGGUCUGGAUGUUCAUCAAUGAAUAGGUACUUGAGUAGAUAUCAAAUAUAUACUUUGAGAAUA